AUGCUUAACAACGAUUUUGCUGCCGUUCUGCUAGUUAAAAGAGAAGUUUUUUUGUAUAUGAUUCCACCAUUAUCUGGAACUAAAGGAUACAAGGCCUCUGAUUGGAAUUUGGCUAACCCUAAUUGGACUGGUCGUUUACGUUUGGUAUCUAAAUCUGAUGAUGUUUUAGAAAUUCGGUUGGAGGAUAAGAAUACGGGUGAACUUUUUGCCAAAGCACCAAUAAAUCGGCUCAAUUCUGUCGAUUUUGAACCAGUUGUUGAUUCUUCCCGUUAUUUUGUUAUUCGAUUAAGAAGUGAUAAUGGACAAGCAAGAUUUGUUGGAAUUGGAUUUUCUGACCAAAGCGACUCUUUUGAUUUGAAAGUUUCAAUUCAAGAUUAUUUUCGAAGUGCUUUAGAAGUUGAAAAGGAAAUUAAAGCCGAGGAAAGUGGAGUUAAUAAAAUACCUGUUUUAGGCGAAGGGCAGACGCUUACACUCAAUUUUGGGAAAAAAACAAUUGUCUCCAACGACAAUCAACGUGUUAUUUCAAAUAAAGAAUCUCCAAAUAAUUCUGGUUCAACAACAUCAAGUUUUCCUCUCCUGCCUCCGCCACCGCCUUCAUCUUCCUCUCCUUUAGUUCGACGUUGA